CGCGGCCUUAUAAGGCGGGGGCCGGGCCGCGCCGGGGGAGGGGCUGCGACCGGCCGGCCUCCGUCCUCCCAGCAGCUGGGGGGCGGUGAGAAGGAGCGCAGCGGCAGCGGGAACUCCGGAGCGCGCCGAGCCGGCCAUGGGCAAGUCAGCUUCCAAGCAGUUCAAUAAUGAGGUCCUGAAGGCUCACAACGAGUACCGGCAGCGGCAUGGCGUCCCCCCGCUGAAGCUCUGCAAGAAGCUCAACCAGGAGGCUCAGCAGUAUUCGGAGGCCCUGGCCAGCACGAGGAUCCUCAAGCACAGCCCAGAGUCCAGUCGCGGCCAGUGUGGAGAGAAUCUGGCGUGGGCAUCCUAUGAUCAAACAGGAAAGGAGGUGGCUGAUAGAUGGUACAGUGAAAUCAAGAGCUACAACUUCCAGCAACCUGGCUUCACCUCUGGGACUGGACACUUCACAGCCAUGGUCUGGAAGAAUACAAAAAAGAUGGGAGUGGGAAAGGCAUCUGCAAGUGAUGGGUCCUCCUUUGUGGUGGCCAGAUACUUCCCAGCAGGAAAUGUCGUCAACCAGGGUUUCUUUGAAGAAAAUGUCCUACCUCCAAAGAAGUAAUUUGUCAAAUGUCAUGGGAAAGUGCCAGACUUUAUGAUGUGGAUAUGAAGUGCCUAGAAAACUCAGCUGUGUGUCUGUCCCUGUGGGUGUAUGUGCUUGUGUGUGUGAUGCAUGUGUCUUGCACACUCUUUAGGAGAUACAGUCUUAUAUGAACUCAUUCUUAUCAAAGCAGUGAUUAUAUGAAGGCUUUACCCUCAUUCAUGGUUCCUACCGAGACCACAAUUAUUUGGACUUUGGAGGAAAAAUCAAGUUUUAAACUUUUUUAAGCAAACUUUUACUGUACAUUUCUCACUUAUAAUAUCCAUCCCUGAACCUUCUGUAUUCCAAAAAUUCAUGAUGCUAAGAAGGGAAGUUCAUUUUAUGGGUCUUCAUGCAUUAUAAUCUACUUUUGGUAGAUAGUUAAGAAUAUUAAGCUCUCAUUAAAUAUGACAUAAAACAGCUUUAAACACAUAAAUAUAAAACAGCUUCCAUUGGAAACAUGGAACAGGCAGGGGCUCCGUUUCACAGAAUUACUGAGAUUUCUCAGUUGUAAGACAUGAUGUCAUCUGAAAGCCUCCUGGAAUUCUCUAAUGGCACUGCCAAAGAACAAAUGGAGAAAAAAGCUUUUACUUCCUGAAAUUUUUCUACCUUUUAAUAGCAAAGUACAGCUACCACAACUACCCUUCCCACCACCACCACUUUUUUUUUCUUAAAAUCUUCUGGCAUUUCAGAGCUCAGAAGUCACUCCCUGGUUUCUGGGGAUCCUGGGCCAGGCCUGAGACUUGCCCCUCCCCCACCUCUGUUAGGUGGCCCAGGGCCUGUUCUGGGAGAAAGCCCCUCACACUGCCUGGGCUUUUAGCCAAGCGGCCUUGAAAUGGAUGAAGUCAGUGUGGGGGUGAGUGUGCGCUUACACAGGGCCUCCAGAGGAAGCCCUCCAGCCUUCCCCACCCCCUGACCCAGGGCGGGAGCCCUGGGUGGUUCCUGGCAGCUGUGGCUGCAGCUGUGCUGCUCCCUCCCGGAAUGUGUGACAGGCCCAAAUGUUCCAGGGAGGUAUCCCAUUUGGGGCUUAGAUUUGCUAAUUUGGCUCUGUUUAGCCUCAAACUACAUAAAGUUCUUCUGCAUAAUUUCACAUGGUCCAUGUGGAAGAUGCCCAGCUGUGUGUGGCUGGAACCAUGGCAUCUCCAGGUGGUAAAAUAGCAAGGCCAGGGGCUAGAGGGUUGCCAGCUUGGAAGCAACAGUCUGAGCAGGCCGGUCUUUGCAAAAUGCUUCUUGAAGGUCUAAGUUGCACUGUGAACAGUCUGUCUCGUGCCCUUCAUUUCACACAGGGAUACUAAGACAACAAUAAAAAUCUUUCUUUUGUGUAAUA